AUAGCCAUCCUGUUCCCACGCACGACCACAGUUUUCUUAUCAGAAAACUCCACAGUCCGCACCAUCAUCAACACCCUGAAAUGGCCUUAGUCGAACCCAUGCCGAGUCUCAGCGCCGCCAUACGGCCGAGCAUCAGAAUCCGGAAACCGCCAUCCCUCGCCGUGAGAAUGUCGAGCACCGCCGCAUCGGCCACGCCGGCGAAGAAGCAGGCGAUCAAGGAAUCCCUCCUGACUCCGAGGUUCUACACGACGGACUUCGAGGAGAUGGAGAGGCUGUUCAGCACGGAGAUCAACAAGAAUCUCAAGGAGGAGGAGUUCGACUCGCUGCUCCAGGAGUUCAAGACGGACUACAACCAGAAACAUUUCGUGAGGAACAGCGAGUUCAAGGAGGCCGCCGACAAGCUCCAGGGCCCCCUACGCCAGAUCUUCGUCGAAUUCCUGGAGAGGUCUUGCACCGCAGAGUUCUCCGGCUUCCUUCUCUACAAAGAGCUCGGUAGAAGGCUCAAGAAAACUAACCCUGUGGUAGCAGAGAUAUUUUCUCUCAUGUCUAGGGAUGAAGCUCGCCACGCUGGGUUCUUGAACAAGGGAUUAUCGGACUUCAACCUGGCAUUGGACCUGGGCUUCCUCACGAAGGCCAGAAAGUACACAUUCUUCAAGCCCAAGUUCAUUUUCUAUGCAACAUACCUGUCUGAGAAAAUCGGGUACUGGAGAUACAUUACCAUAUACAGACACCUGAAAGCCAACCCCGAGUAUUCAUGCUACCCCAUAUUCAAAUACUUUGAGAACUGGUGCCAGGAUGAGAACCGCCAUGGGGACUUUUUCUCUGCUUUGAUGAAGGCUCAACCCCAGUUCCUUAACGACUGGAAGGCCAAGUUGUGGGCCCGCUUCUUCUGUCUUUCGGUUUAUGUGACUAUGUAUCUCAAUGACUGUCAAAGAAGUGCUUUCUAUGAAGGCAUUGGACUUGACACUAAAGAGUUUGAUAUGCAUGUCAUCAUUGAGACGAACCGGACAAGUGCCAGAAUAUUCCCGGCAGUGCUGGACGUAGAGAACCCGGAGUUCAAGAGGAAGUUGGACAGAAUGGCAGAGAUCAACAAAAAGCUGGUUGCAGUAGGGGAGGAUGCCGACACGCCGCCCUUGGUGAAGAAUCUUAAGCGAAUCCCUCUGGUGGCCGCCCUUGUUUCUGAGCUCAUCGCUGCUUAUCUCAUGAAACCUGUUGAUUCUGGCUCCGUUGACCUUGCCGACUUCGAACCCCAGCUCCUCUACUGAUCUUCUUCUCUCUAAGAAACAUAUGAUUGUAUGUAUAAUCCAUUGUACGUCCCAUGAGGUUUGUUCUUUUUUCUAUUGCCGGAAUUCAAUGAUGUUCUGAUUUGCUGCAUCAGAAUUACCAGUUUGGAAUCAAACUAAGAUGAUCAAACAUUCCGCCAUUUGUAACCGCCUAUAUACACUUCUCUCACAUUGUGCUGCUGCUUUAGAGCUGGUUCUCUUCAACACAUCUGUAUUGUUUUGAUUAAAGGAUUCGAUUAAAUUUUAAUCUGAUUUGAUUGUAGUUAUAUUUUAGACUAUUUCUGUAAUAAGGUAAAAGACUAACU